AUGACGACCAGCAAAGCCGUGUCAGCCGACACACUGUCACUGCUGGAAACGCGCCUCCAACGACUGGACUACCUCCUCAACGGCGACACUGGACCAUCAGAGGAAACAACAACAUCUCGACAACACCAUGGAUCGGCCGCAGCACGUCUACGUGUAUUAGAACGCUCCCUGCAAUCCCUUGCAACCAAAUCACCAACCGUCAACGAAAUACUCUUCCUCCAAAAGCACCACCCAGACCUCUUCACCACCUCCUCCCCCUCAACCAUCCCCUCAACCCUCCCAACAACCUCCCUAGCAAGCCUCGUCCUCGCCCACGAAAACCUCUACCGCACCACCUCAACCCACCUAACCCACCUCCAAGACCUCACCAUCCCGGACCCGGCCCCAACAUCCAAACUCAUCGACCUCCGCCCCCGGAUCGACGCGGCGCGGACCAAGCAGCUGGAGCAGGCGAAGGAGGUCGCGGAGCUAAGGGCCCGCAGUGCGCGGGCGGUGGAGGCGUGGUAUGAGGGUGGGGUGUUGGGGAUGGAUGAGCAGUGGGCGGAGUGGGAGGAGAGGUUGCGGGAGGCGGAGAUUCUUGUGCGGAGGAGGGAGGCGGGGAGGAGGAGGGAGGAGGGGGUGGUUUGA